AUGAGGACUGGUGUCUUCCUGUAUCCCGCUCUGCUCGCAGUCCUGGUCCCCGUUUCGAGCCCUCACGGGUGUGGGACUGAACGAAUUCCUCACCACAAAAUAAAAGCGUUUGACCAGCCGGAGCCCGUGACAAUCUCCGAGAAGGCUGCCGUCAGACUCAAUCCGACUCUCCUCGUUUCUUAUGGAUGCCAACCUUACCCUGCAGUGAACGAUUUGGGUCAGAUUAGUGGCGGUCUCAACCCUUCCGGAGAACACGAUGGUGAUUGCAAGGGCUCUGGGCACGGGUCUCAAGUCUACGCGCGUUCAGCUUGGUUCGGGGACAAAUGGGCCAUUAUGUACGCGUAUUACUUCCCAAAAGCCCAGCCGUAUCGUAGUGUAAGCUUUCGUCACAGCUGGGAGUUCGCUGUUGUCUGGAUCGCCAAGCCUGAAGCGCCAGAGAAGACUCUGGCACUCACAACGCUAAGCUUCCACUAUGGGUACUUCAAGUACACAUCAUUUGACGCAAGCGAAAUGGACGGGGAGAGAGUCAAACUCAGAUAUUGGCAGCAUGCGGAUUCUGACCUUUACUUGGAACUGACUCGCCUGGACGGUGGUACAACUCGACCCCUGAUCAUGUGGGAGCAGUUACCAGAAAAAGCCCGGUGUGCGCUCAAUGAGGCCACGUGGAAUGGUGGGUUCAAGUGCCCACUCAGUGAUGAGGCUUUUGAACCGCUUUUGAACGCUUCUUGGCCUUUUGAUGAGUAG